AUGGCCAGGCCACAGGCCACGCUCCAGGACUACGGGGGGUGGGGGCCGUGGCACAGAGGGCCGCUGGCAGCUGCCCAGAGGGGAGAAGCGGGGGACCCCGGAGAAGACGGGAGGAAGGGUCACGAGGGCCCCAAGGGCGACCGCGGAGCCCCUGGCAGCCCUGGCCUCCCCGGCCCCCCGGGCCUCCCCGGGCAGGUGGGCCCGCCCGGCCAGGGUUUCCCCGGCGUCGCAGGCAGCCCGGGCCCCAAGUCCCUCACCAGCUGUGUUUCCAGAACGUGGAGCGGCUGCUGGAAAACAUCGGGAUCAAGACCUCAGCCCUGCGGGACAUGGUGGAGACCUGGCAGGGGGGCGCCAGCGGCUUCCUGCCCGGGCCUGAGAGGCGCGGCCCCAAGGGGGACCCCGGCGAGCCGGGCCCUGCGGGCAAGCAGGGCCCCAUCGGCUUCUCCGGAGACCGCGGGCCCAAGGGAGACCGUGGAGACCCCGGCCCUCAGGGGCCGCCCGGCCUGGCCCUCGGGGAGAGGGGCGCCCCGGGCCCUCCCGGCCUGGCUGGGGAGCCUGGGAAGCCGGGCAUUCCCGGGCUCCCGGGCUCGGCUGGGGCUGCGGGGGAGGCAGGAAGGCCAGGAGAACGGGGAGAACGGGGAGAGAAAGGCGAACGUGGAGAGCAGGGCAGAGCCGGCCCCCCGGGCCUCCCCGGACCCCCCGGACCGCCCGGUGACAAGGUGGACGUGGACAAGCCAGGUCCUGGGCCCUCGGGGGAGCAAGGACCCCCCGGACCCAAGGGCGCGAAGGGGGAGCCAGGCAGUGACGGCGACCGCGGCCCCAAAGGAGACAGGGGGGCGCCGGGCGUCAAGGGCGAGCAGGGGGAGCCUGGACAGAGGGGCCUGGGCGGCCUCCCGGGUCUGCCCGGAGAGCGCGGUGUGGCUGGGCCCGAAGGAAAGCCGGGACUGCAAGGCCCCAGGGGGGCCCCUGGCCCAGCCGGUGGCCACGGAGACCCCGGACCGCCCGGGGCCCCGGGUCUCGCUGGCCCCGCGGGGCCGCAGGGGCCGCCCGGGCUGCCGGGACAAGUGGGGGAGACGGGGAAGCCGGGAGCCCCCGGGCGUGACGGAGCCGGCGGCAAAGACGGAGACCGAGGAGCCCCGGGAGUGCCGGGGUCGCCCGGCCUGCCCGGCCCUGUCGGGCCUAAAGGAGAACCUGGACCCAUGGGGACCCCCGGACAGGCUGUGGCCGGGCCCCCUGGCGCGAAGGGGGAGAAGGGAGCCCCCGGAGGCCUUGCCCGCGACCUGGUGGGAGAGCCGGGAGCCAAGGGGGACCGUGGACUGCCCGGGCCGCGGGGAGAGAAGGGAGAAGCCGGCCGCGCGGGGGAGCCUGGAGACCCGGGGGAAGAUGGCUUCAAAGGAGCCCCGGGACUCAAGGGCCAGAAGGGUGACCCAGGAGUCGGGGCGCAGGGCCCCCCUGGGCCAGGCGGUCCUCCGGGUGCGAAGGGGGACGUGGGCGCCUCGGGCCCGCCCGGCGCUCCUGGCAUCGUUGGCUUCCCCGGGCAGACGGGCCCUCGGGGAGAGGCGGGCCAGCCGGGCCCCGGCGGAGAGCGGGGCCUGGCCGGUGCCCCGGGCAGAGAGGGGGCCCCCGGUCCCUCGGGGCCUCCGGGACCACCAGGGCCGGCGGGAGCACCCGGGGCCUCCGGACUCAAAGGAGACAAGGGGGACCCUGGAGCGGGGCUGCCCGGGGCGCGUGGAGAGCGUGGGGAGCCGGGCCUCCGGGGUGAAGACGGCCACCCCGGCCAGGAGGGACCCCGAGGCCCUGCGGGCCCCCCAGGCAGCCGGGGGGAACGCGGGGAGAAGGGCGACCCUGGAGCCGCGGGGCUGAAGGGUGACCGGGGCGACGCGGCUGUGGUGCUGGGGCCGCCGGGGCCCCGCGGCGCCAAGGGGGACGCGGGUGAGCGAGGGCUGCGAGGUGCAGAUGGCGAGAAAGGACCUCGGGGAGACACCGGGCUUCCUGGAGAGAAGGGCAGCAGCGGGGAGCCCGGGGACAAGGGCGCGGCCGGGCCGCCCGGAGCUCGCGGACCUGCAGGACCUCAGGCAAGG